AUGCUGCUUCAUGAGAGGCAUCAUGGCCUGGGAAAAUCGUUCGUUGUAUUCGCCAUCUUGCCCGGCACGAUUCACCUCACUGAUAAGGCUCCGGGCGAUGCUGCGGUUACUGCCGUAACCAACGAGUUUCCCACAUCCAAAUUCGUGCUUCAGACUCUGCGGAAUAUCGCAGUCCAUCCAUCCUCACCCGAGAGAAAUCCCGCAAAGAGAAGCGAAGGAGAUGCUGGCCUAUCGACUGCCAACGAGAGACCCAUCCAAUCGCCUCACAUUCUGAUCCAUCUAGUGCCCGAAGCAGCGCAAAGCGCAACUGGUGCAGACUACUCUUAUGUGGCUGCUAGAUUCCACAAAGGCGGAAAGGACUCGCAAGAUGAUUCCUCCAAGGCCAGGGCGAUGUCCAAGCAGCUGCCAUCCGGCGUGACCAUCGUUCACGGCGCCGGGCAGGGGAGACUGUAUCACCGACUCCCACAAUAUCCCAACUCGGCAUCGUUCAAGGGGUGGGCUCUGAUUCCGACCCAGGGGGACGAGGACGAGGACGGCAACAACGAUUGCGUGGAUGAGAGCCCUCUUCGCCGUCGCUCACGGCAGCCUGUCGCACAGUCAAGGCGUGGUCGCCGUGGACCUGCCCCUGGUACAGGAGGGCGGCCACGAAAAUCUCGAAGGCAAAGUCGGUCAUCGAUACCGCCACGACGUGUUCGGAGUCCGGUGAUAAUCCCACCUGAAGAAUCAGCUGUAUUUCAUGCACAAUAUCCAGUGUGGAAUGGCGGUCUUGAUGCUCCCGCCUUGACUGACCGCGACCUUGCUCCCGCAUUGACUGACCGCGAUAAGGCCACCCUCCGCGAGUUCUGGACCAUGCUGGACAAUGAUCAGAUGGAAUAUUGCAGUAGAUGCCAAGAGAGUUGGUUUCAGAUGAAGAUCGAUACUGACGGCAUCUGUGGGCGUUGCUAUCGAAAGGAUGCGAAACGCCGCUCUGGGGAGCCGUAUUUCUUCUCCGCGGAUAAUCAGCUCGACUUUGGCCCUGUGCCGGCCCGAUUGCCCCAGCUUACGCCCACUGAAGAGUCGUUGAUUGCUCGCGUCCACGUCCACGUGAAUAUUAUGCUUGUGCGAGGGCAGAAGUACAAGUAUCGCGGGCACGUCGUUCACUUUCUCCGCGAGUUGAUGGCUCAUCCACAUCGCUCUCCAGAGGAUUUGUACACAGUGGGCGGCCACCGGUUCGAUUCCGUCGCGGCUGCGUACAAGUGUUGCAGAGAGCACCAUGACACUCAUUCUGACGAUCAUUAUGGGGAACCAGAUACAAACGAAUUGAGGGCGGAGGACGAUGAAUUCGAACUUGAGGAAUCAUCUCAGCUAUUGCUUCAUGUAGACGGUGGAGGUGGUACCGGGAAGUCAUACCUCAUUAAUCUGCUCUCCGCGCACCUUCAAGCCGCUGCCGCCGGGAGAGGGACACCCGUUUGGCGUGCCGCGCCAACGGGCGUCGCGUCUCUGCGCCCCCCUAAGCGGCUGCCGCCAGGAGGGGGACACCGGUUUGGCGUGCCGCGCCGACAGGCGUCGCGGGAAACCAGAUAUCGGGCACUACCUUGCAUUCCCUGUUACACCUCCCAAUCAACCCAGCUCCAGAAGAAGCUGAAGGAUAUCAAGUACUUGAUUAUCGACGAGAAGAGCAUGUUAGGACUGCGUCAGCUAUCAUGGAUCGAUGACCGUCUCCGCGAGGCCUUCCCGAACAAGAAUGAGGAGUUCUUCGGUGGUCUCAACAUCCUUCUGGUUGGCGACUUCUUCCAGCUUCCACCCGUGCUACAGAAGCCGCUCUAUUACGAUAAAGAGGUGCAGGGAGCAGAGAUCAAAGGCAGGAAUGUGUAUAGACGCUUCGAUAAAUCGGUCUUCUUGAAGGUUGUCCAACGGCAACGGGGCGACGAUCAGAAGGCGUUUCGCACAGCUCUCGGGGAAUUGCGGCUCCUCCAACUAUCGGUCGAGUCUUGGAAACUCCUUUCAACCCGAGUACAGGCAAAACUAGAUGAUCAAGAGGUCGCGAGGUCCGCCAACGCCUCACGAGUAUACGCGACUGAAGAUAGGGUGAACGAAUAUAACCACUACCACCUCGACUGCCUCGGCCGGCCAGUUAUCCAGGUCAAGGCUAAGAAUGUUGGCUCCGGCGCGGCUGCUGCUCCUGACAACAAGGCGGGUAACCUUGCGGGGCUGCUGCUCCUGACGACAAGGCAGGCAAUCCUUGCGGAGCAGAUCCCCAUAUGCAUUGGUGCCCGUCUGAUGCUGACGUCCAACCUUUGGCAGCCGGUUGGCCUCUGCAACGGCGCCCGUGGUACCGUUUCCGACAUCGGCUGGGCACCUGGGACUGACCCCAUCCAAGACCCUCCCUGUGUUAUCAUGAUGGAGUUUGACAAGUACAGCGGGCCGGUGUUUGACCACCGCUGA